UUCAUCAACACAAAAGGAAAUGCAUGAGUAUUGAUGUUUUGCUUAACUACUUCUCUUGAAUAGCUGUGGUUAGUGCUUACUGUUUGAUACCCUGUAAAAAGUAUUAUCUAUAAUGUAUAGAUAGAGAAGAAGAUUAUUUCCUCAAUGACCACAAAGUGCCACUUGUCAACCAGAUCAGUUUUGUUUUUUUGAGAGGGAGUUUUGCUCUUGUUGCCCAAGCCGGAGUGCAAUGGCACAAUCUCAGCUCAAUGCAACCUCCGCCUCCUGGGUUCAAGCGAUUCUCCUGCUUCAGCCGCCCUAGUAGCUGGGAUUACAGGUGCCCGCCACCACGCCCAGCUAAAUUUUUUGUAUUUUUAAUAGAGACAAGGUUUCACUAUGUUGGCCAGACUGGUCUCGAACUCCUGACCUCAGGCUAUCCACCCGCCUCAGCCUCCCAAAGUGUUGGGAUUGCAGGCGUGAGCCACCGCACCUGGCAGAUCAGUUUUUUAUGUACACUGCUGGACAAACAGUAUUUUGGACUGACUCAUUGUAGCUUUGGAAAUGUUUGGAUUUUUUAAUAGCUUUAACCCUUCUUGACCAAAAUUCCCCUAUAAUGGCUGCUUAGAUUUGGAUGAAAACUCAACAGCUUUAUUUUUUAAAAGUUUGAUAGCUUUAUAAAUGCUUUUUUAAAAAAUUCCGGAUGUGAAAAUAUUUAUGUUUGUAGUUAAGAUUGACUCAAGUGGGACUCUAGAUCGGUGGAUUCCAAUAGAAAUGUUUCUUCAGAGAUGAUUAUUAAAUAAUGGGAUGGACUAAACAAAGAAGGUGCCCCCCCCGCAAAAAAAAGAUAUAUAUACAUAGAACUAACUUUCCGGUAAACUAAGCAAAUUCCACGAGGAAUGCAAAGAUGACCAUUUUUGAAGGUAGGAAUUUAAAUUGGGUUUAGAUAACAAAUAACGGGUUGUAGACAACUUACCCAUAAUCCCCCCUUCCCCCAAGCACUAGGCAGUGAAGUUAGACUUCUGGAUUCCACCUCCACGCUCACCGCGCGGCACUAUGCAAUCUUCGGUUAGUUACCAGGUCUAAGUUAGGCUUCUGGAUUCCAACUCCACGCUCCACCGCGCGGAACUAUGCAAUCUUGAGUUAGCUACCGGGUCUAAGUUAGGCUUCUAGAUUCCAAAUCCACGCUCCACUGCGCGGUAACUACAUAAUCUUGGGCUAGUUUACCAGCUCUAAGACUUAAUUUUGCCAUAUGCAAGAUGGAGAUAACAUCCAACUCCUGCUGUGUGAGGAUUACGUGAAUCCUUGCAGAAUGUGGCUCAGUGCCUGGGACAUAGUAAGCGGUCUACGGCUUCUGCUAGCAUAACGCUGUUAGUUUCUCUCUUCCUCCUACAUCUACCUAUCUCACCCAAGGUCCUGCGCUAAGCAGGGGCCUCCAAGCUGGGACGCAGCCCUUACUCUCAGGGUCAGCGCCGGCUGGGAAGGCCGCGACCUAACCAGGAGAUUACGAACAAUAUCACCAGGGCCACAGCGGAGCUCCUGCCAAGUCAAGCAACUCAUGGAACCAACGGAGGCGAAGUCCGAAUACCUAGGCAACCCUAACCUAAAAGUGUUUUUAACGUUCUCAGGUCCUAUAAUUUACCCAAAUAAAGUGGGACCGUAUUUGCAGGCGCUGAGAAACUUUCUCAACAGUAAGAACCAAUCAGGCGCAGUGCGCAGGCGCCUUCAGUGGGUCCUGGGUCCGCCUCUUCCGCCCGGUGCGGGCGCCGAUUGGUCCGCGUGGACACAUAAGAGGCUGCGUAUAGGCGAGAGAGCCCUUUUCCUCAGCUGCCGCCAAGGUGCUCGGUCCUUCCGAGGAAGCUAAGGCCGCGUUGGGGUGAGGCCCUCACUUCAUCCGGCGACUAGCACCGCGUCCGGCAGCGCCAGCCCUACACUCGCCCGCGCCAUGGCCUCUGUCUCCGAGCUCGCCUGCAUCUACUCGGCCCUCAUUCUGCACGACGAUGAGGUGACAGUCACGGAGGAUAAGAUCAAUGCCCUCAUUAAAGCAGCCGGUGUAAAUGUUGAACCUUUUUGGCCUGGCUUGUUUGCAAAGGCCCUGGCCAACGUCAACAUUGGGAGCCUCAUCUGCAAUGUAGGGGCCGGUGGACCUGCUCCAGCAGCUGGUGCUGCACCAGCAGGAGGUCCUGCCCCCUCCACUGCUGCUGCUCCAGCUGAGGAGAAGAAAGUGGAAGCAAAGAAAGAAGAAUCCGAGGAGUCUGAUGAUGACAUGGGCUUUGGUCUUUUUGACUAAACCUCUUUUAUAACGUGUUCAAUAAAAAGCUAAACUUUA